GCUGAAAAAUCACAAUGGAGGCAACACAGGUCCAUUCAGGACAGAAGCAGCUGUACGGCACAAACGCACUUGUGACAGCCAGAAAGGAGACAGAAGGAUUGUACACAAGGGCAGAGGUGGUAGCAGUCAGCUGCUCAGGCAUUCCUUCCCCUUGUGUAUCUCAGUGUUGCUGCUUCUCAGCCUGUCUGAUGGAGAGCGUGCAGCACAAGCGCUCUAUGCGAGGUCCUCGGGUGUGUCCUCACUCUUGGCGGGGGCCAGUAUCAGGUGGGGUUUGAUAGGCGCUGCAGGUGCAUGCCUUGCUGGUCUGCCUGUGAAGAUGUCCCAGGUGAAGGCUUGCGGUGUCAAUGCAGCUCUGAGCAGCAUUGCUCCCUUUUUGGUUUUCAUUCUUUAUAGGCUGGAUAGUUUGAGGCUUUUGCUGGGAUCCUCUCAGUUUCUUAUAUCAUGGAUGGAAAGCUUUGCAGCAGGAGCCGCAUUAUACCUGAGUGUUGGCAUACUGAUGCCAUUAGGACGGCAGCAACAUCCUGCGCUAGCUUUGCAGUUGGGAUUGCUGGUUGGUUUCGGGACUCUACUGCUUUCGGGAGCCUCGACUCUGUUAAAAUAGUAUCUGCCAGAAGUGCACAGUCAGUCAGAAUGACUGAAAUUGGUCAAGCAGAAGAGUACAGUAAAGAAUCCCCAAGGAAUGGUCCAAACUGAACGAGAAUUCAAUGUAAAAUUGCAAAAACCCC